UCCAGGCGUCGAGAUGGCGGCUCCCCUCCCCCCGCGGAGCCGGUUUGUGGUGGUGGGAGGGGGGAUUGCGGGAGUCACCUGCGCCGAGCGGUUGGCUACAGAAUUUCCAUCAGAAGAUAUUCUCUUAGUAACAGCUUCUCCAGUUAUAAAAGCAGUAACAAAUUUCAAACAGGUCUCCAAAACACUAGAGGAAUUUGAUGUUGAAGAACAACCAAGCACUAUGUUAGAAAAACGGUAUCCCAACAUUAAAGUUAUAGAGUCUGGAGUGAAACAGUUGAAAAGUCAGGAGCAUAAAAUUUUCACAGAAGAUGGCAAACAGUGUAUAUAUGAAAAACUUUGCCUAUGUGCGGGAGCAAAACCUAAGUUAAUUUUUGAAGGAAACCCAUAUGUAUUAGGAAUCCGGGAUACUGACAGUGCUCAGGCCUUUCAGAAUCAUUUGGCCAAAGCUAAAAGAAUAGCAGUUGUGGGAAAUGGUGGCAUUGCGCUCGAAUUAGUGUAUGAAAUUGAAGGAUGUGAAGUGAUUUGGGCCAUCAAAGACAAAGUCAUUGGGAAUACUUUCUUUGAUGCAGGAGCAGCUGAAUUCCUUAUUCCAAAGCUAACUGCUGAGAAAUUAGAGACUGCAAUUGCAUGUAAAAGAACCAAAUAUACGACAGAAGGAAGUGAGAAGGAAGAAGGAAGUGUGGCAGCAGCCGACAAACUAGGCACUGCCUUAGGCCCUGAUUGGCAUGAGGGCCUACAUCUUAAAGGAACUAAAGAGUUUUCUCACAAAGUUCACAUUGAAACACUGUGUGAAAUAAAGAAAAUAUACCUUCAGCAAGAAUUCAAGCAGCUGCAGAAGACCUCUUUGUCUUUUCCUAAAGAUAAUUCAGAUAACCAGAAUGCACACCCAGAUGAAGAGCUGUGGCCUGUAUAUAUGGAAUUAACCAAUGGGAAGAUAUAUGGCUGUGAUUUCAUUGUCAGUGCAACUGGAGUUGUGCCAAAUGUUAAGCCAUUUCUUGAUGGUAAUAAUUUUGCUCUAGGUGAAGAUGGCGGUCUGAAAGUGGAUAAACAUAUGCACUCUUCAGUAGCAGAUAUCUAUGCAGCAGGGGAUAUCUGCACUGCAUCGUGGGAACCUAGUCAGAUGUGGCAGCAGAUGAGGCUUUGGACCCAGGCUAGGCAGAUGGGAUGGUAUGCAGCAAAGUGCAUUGUAGCAGAUUUUUUAGGGGAAUCUAUUGACAUGGACUUCAGUUUUGAACUCUUUGCUCAUGUUACAAAAUUUUUCAAUUAUAAGGUGGUGCUUUUGGGAAAGUACAAUGCUCAGGGUUUGGAUUUGGAUCAUGAACUAAUGUUGAGGUGUACCAAAGGGCAAGAAUACAUCAAAGUGGUGAUGCAGAAUGGACGAAUGAUGGGAGCUGUAUUGAUUGGUGAAACAGACUUAGAAGAAACCUUUGAAAACUUGAUUUUAAAUCAGAUGGAUCUUUCAGCAUAUGGAGAAGAUCUCCUAAAUCCAAAUGUUGACAUAGAGGAUUAUUUUGACUGAAACAAAAACACUGCUCUCCGUUAUCUUAUUUAGAGUUUGAACUUCCAGUGCUGUGGUUUAUAUAACAGUUUACUCAGAAUUUACAGAAAUCAAGUAACCAAGUGUAAUUACAAUUCUGGAGUGAAAAUAUUGUGCUGGU